AUGGCUGGACAAGAUAAAAAAAAUCGUAAUCAAAACGGUAUCUCUGAUGACAAUGAAAUAGAACCCGUAGAACAGACGGAUCAUGAAGCUGUCGUUGAAGAAUAUCAUUCAUUGGAUUCCAAGUUGGAUGAAUUAAAUUCUGCAUUAGACUACCUGGAGCAAAAAAAUGAUGACAUACAUGAGAGGCUCAAGGAAUUGCUACAAUCAAAUAUUGAAAUAAGACAAGAAUUGCGCAAUGAGAAUGUAACAUCAGAAAACAAUUAA